AUGGGUUGCUGCAACUCAACCACCCGCUCCCCCUCAACCACCCCUCCCCCCUCGACCAUCCCCCCCACAACCGCCGAUAACAUCCCCCCUCCUCCCGCGCACACCCACACCGCCCCUCCAUCCGCACCCACCCUCCCGAACACGCCCCUCACCCAACCCUCACCCCUCCCAACCUCCCCCACGCACCUCCCUCACCACCCGCCCCCCUGGCCUCGCUCCCUGCUCGAGCACGAAAGACAAGCCUUCUUCGAAACCCGCGUCACGGGCAACCCGGAGAUAUGGAAAGCGCUAAGAUUAAUUUGUGAAGAAGUCAGGCAGGGGAAUGUGGCGGAGGCGCAGGCGGUGAUGGAUGCCGCGGGCCUGACCUGUCCGACGGGGAAACUCUACGUCAAAGACCGAGGCAUGGGCGCGCGGAGACGAGGGAAGGGGGAAGGCGUGUUCGAUGAGCGGGGCGUAGGGUACGAAGUCCCGAAAUGGGUCGUCGUGGAUCCGGGGGACGUGGUUGAGGACGAAAACGAAGACGAGGACGGCGAGAAAGAAGACGGCGACGACGAGGAGGGCAGUGCCACAGGCGCCGAAGACCCAGACGUCGAAGGGAUAGGAGGGGGAAAGAGGCGAGAUGAAAAAGGCAAAUCCCCAGCCCCCGACCCUGGCCCUACCGUGCGUGUACGCGCUCGUUUGAGCGAUAGAGGAACGGAUAUCGUGGUCUCGGUGGGGAGUAAGCAGACGGUGGCGGAUGUCGUGAGAGCUAUCCAGGGGAAGAUUGGGGGCAAGAGAGUGCGGAUGAUGUUUUUGGGCAAGACGCUGGAUGAGCGGGUCAGGUUGGAAGAGAGUGGGUGGAGGGAGGGGUGUGUGGUGAAUGCGUUGGUGUUUGAGGGGAGUGAGGGGAUGAUUAGUGGAAAGGGAGGGAAGAAGGGGAAAUGA